AUGAGUCAGUUCUUGGGUCGUCCGGAUUGUAUCGAAAGUCUCCGAAAAGAUCUGGUCGACCUACAAAGUGCUAUUCUGGACGUAUUUUCUAGAACCGGACCAGUCCGCUUUCCCUCCUGGAAGUUCCCCGAUAAACUCUCCUGUAAUUUGGACAUGGUAGCUCUGCUAGAACAAUAUGACUUUAUGGAUGGGGAGGAUGCAUUCAAUCAACACUCCCACAUUGUGUUACUGGAGCUCGUGAUUGACAGGCUGCUACUUCUUCUACAAAGCUUCAAUUCUUAUGUUGAGCAACUGAAGUUCAGCCAAAGGACAGAACAAACCCUGCAGAAAGGAUGCCUGUCAGUUGGUCUUGUAGUGAGAAACUACUGGAGUAAUUUAGUUCAGUUUGCCAGCCUUAAGGGGACCUUCAAAGACUUCAACAAACCAAAGACAUUUGACUGUGAUGAGACAGAGACAGUGUCAACUGUUUCCCCACAAAUGAGCUCAAAGAGCAACAGCUGCAGACAUUGUUUGUCUGCCUGGUCUUCAACAAGCUCCUUUAAGUUUUUGCCACUGAAUCAUGUACCCUCCAGUCCUACCCAAAACAACCUGUUCCAUCCUAAAGCCGACAGCCACAACAUAAGCUGCCAGACAGUCGAAUCAUCCCUCAUUCCCUGCGAUGCCUGUCACAGAGCGCAAUCCGUUUUGAGAAAGACAGGAGAAGCUUUGGUAGAACUGUUUCAGAGUGAGGGCCUGCCCUCCUCUCUGCAGCCACUCUCAGCUGCUGUGGAGGACACGCUGGAGCUGGGACAUAUGACAACAGGGGAUGUCGCCCAGUGGGCCAAUGAGCAACUCAGGGACAUGCGACGGCUGGCAAAACAUCUACAAGAUGUGCGGAGUACAGUAAACCCUCUUAAAGAUAGACUAGCAGCAGCAGAGACAGAAAGGGAGAGAUUCAGGUCUCAGUUGGAAAGAGCACAGAAAGAGUUCAAGCAAGAGAGGGAAAAACACCAGGCCACCAUAGUCCAGCUGGAGUUUUCACUGCGGAAAGCCCAGAGAUCUAUGAAAGAAACAGAGCAAAGGCUACAAGAGGAGCAACAACAACUCAAGAGAGAAACUUUGUCCUUGGAGGAGAGUAAUUCCAGACUGAAAGAGAAAGUAUCAACACAGCAAGACACAUUACAAGCACUCGAAUGGGAAAAGAAUGCACUGCAGGAAACAGUGAAGUCCUUGCACUUAGAGAAAGAGGCCUGUUGUAAACUGCAACAAAGGAUCCAGCAACUAGAGAGUCAGAUCUCUGAAACUCAAGUUCUUCUUGACAAGGAGAAUGCCAAGUAUCACAGUGCUUGUCGCCAGCAAGAGUCAAUGCAAGCAAAGCACAAGUCUUUGUUGGAGAGAGUGGAUGCUCUCGACAAAGAGUGCGAAGAGCUGCAGAUGCAGUUGGGAGAGAGAGAGGAAAGACAGAUCGACCUGCACAAUGAACUGCAACAGAUGUCGGAGGAGAAGGAACAACUGAAGGCUCAGCUCACUGAACAGCAGGACUUGUGCUUAGAACUCCAAAAGGAGAAGCAGACACUUGAAACGAAUGUAGGCGAGCUAAAGAACAGUGUGACUGAGCUGAAGGAAUGUGUGCAAGCUUUAAAGGAGAGGGAGAGGCUGCUGGUGGCUUUCCCAGAGCUCAGCCCCCUGGCUCAGGCCCAACCUCAGAGUACAGGAAAUGUGCUUCUGGAUAUGGAGCAACAACUGCGAUCGAAUAGCAUUCGUAUAAAAGUUCUGGAGCAGGAAAAUGCGACCCUGCAGAGCAGUCUUGAGAAACUGAGGGAAAGAGCACAACAUAAUGCUACAAGGGAAGUCUCACCUGAGCUGACAUGGAGCCUCUCUCUGCCCACCACACCAGUGGAGAAACAACAAAAUCACCUGACACUAAUGCAGCACAGUCCACUGCAGAGCAGCAGUGCAGCACGGCUGGGAUACAGUAACAGAAGGAAGGAAGCAAGAGGAGGAGAAAGGGGUCUGGAGCCAGCCGGGUCAGAGGAUUGUAUGUCCUGUACCGCUGCCUCCCCCCAGUCCCUGCAAAUUCACCUACAAACCCUCCACCUCAACACUCCACACUCCACUGCAGCUAGAAGCCGUACAAAAACACACAAUGCUUCUCUCCUCUCUCGUUCCAGAGGCUUGAAUCAGAGGAGAAAGUGA